AUGCCCUCCAGUGAGCCUCAUCCCCCCCAGUACCACCUUCAGCACCACAACAUUCCUCCCUCGCAUCUGCAGCAGCACACGAGCGCGAUCGAGCAUCAGCUCUUUCAGCAGCUGGUGGCGGCCCAUCAUCAGCAGCAGCAACAGCAACAGCGACAGCAGCAACACGGCGGGCCCUUCCAAAAUUCCACGUACGCGCAGCAGAAGCAAGAGAUGAGCCCGGAGGAGGAGGGGGGCCGCGGGGGUGGGUCCCCCCCGGCGGCUGGGGCUGCACUUCAUCAGCCCCAUCACCCCCGCACGGCCAGUCCACCUUCGGGCACGGAACCCUGCACCCGCGAUGCGAUACCGACACCUACACCGAUCGCGGAUACCACCACUACCACCACAACGACUACUAUGACAAUGCAGUCGCAGGGGCAACAACAGCAGCAACAGCAGGGUCCCAGUCCGAGCCCGAGUCCGACGGGCGGCGACGUGGAAAAGUUCGACGGUAAAAUCGUUUACAACCCGGAUGGCUCGGCCUACAUCAUCGAGGGCGAGAGCGAACUCAGCGAGGACGAGUCCUUACCAGACGGUUGUAUCGUAGAUGGGCGCGGUGUAUCGGUUCCUCACUCCUUAGUGUUCCCUCAAAUUGCGAGCGCAUACUAUGUGUCGCGGUUGUAUGCGCAUCAGGCCUAUCAGCAACAGCAGCAACAGCGCUCGUCGGCCCAGCAACAUAAUCCCGAUCUUCCCGUGACGCACAGUUACCGGGUGAUCAGUUACAGGAGCGCGGAGGGCAGUAAACAGCCACCUCCAACGCCAACGGUACCACCGCCUCCCGCGGCAUCGGUGCCCGUCAAACCUAUCCUAAUGUGUUUCAUAUGUAAACUGAGCUUUGGAUACGCGAAGAGUUUCGUCGCGCACGCUCAGGGUGAACAUCAACUUACCUUAAUGGAAGACGAACGACAAAUACUCUCUCAUUCGACGGCGUCAGCUAUCAUUCAGGCGGUGGGUAGAGGAAAACAACCACUCGUCAGUUUCUUGGAGCCUGUUACGAGUUCGACUUGCACCCAGGCGUCACCAGUGCAAUCACAAAGUCAGCAACGCGGCGAGUCCAACGAGCAUGAGACAACGCCGACGACAACGAGCACACCGACGAGUACGUCUGGUGUACCUAGCAGUCCUCAACAACAACAACAGUCUCAGCAGACGCAGCAACAUCGACCUCCGCCUAGUACGCCUACCACGCCCACGUCACACUCGAAUCAUCCUCUCCCGUAUAAUCAUCAGCAACAACAGCAUACGUGGACCAGUGCGCAAGUGAGCGCUGCGUCCUGGGCCAAGGCACCCGACGCCAUGCAUUAUAGCUCUCCACCGCCACCGACGUCGUCCACCAAAGGAUCUCCGUCUUCAUACGCUGCGCUCACUCAGCAACCACCGAACUUUCUCACCGGCACCACGAUAGGCGUGUGUCCAGAACACAUGCAAGGCAGACCGAGCGGAGUGGAAUGUUCUAAGUGUGAGCUUAUAUUGACUAGUAGUAGGCUCGCCGGUCCCGGCGGUCCACUUGCUGGCAUCCACAGUCGAAAUUCGUGUAAAACUCUCAAAUGUCCCAAGUGCAACUGGCAUUACAAAUAUCAGGAGACUCUGGAGAUACAUAUGAAGGAAAAACAUCCGGAAAGUGAGACGUCAUGCAUCUACUGUAUCGCAGGUCAGCCGCAUCCUAGGUUAGCCCGCGGCGAAACGUAUACCUGCGGCUACAAACCGUAUAGAUGCGAGGUGUGCAACUACUCAACCACGACAAAGGGAAAUCUCAGUAUACACAUGCAGAGUGACAAGCACCUGAACAACAUGCAAGAAUUGCAGCAGGGCGGCGGGGGUGGAUCCGGUACUAGCAACCCCUCCUCGUCUCAGGACGCGCCAAUGCCGACGCGGAGCCCCCACCACCAGCAGAAUCACAGCUCGCAUCUGACCACCCAGGGUGGCAAUCAAACCAAGCCGAAGCCCACGUUUCGCUGCGACGUGUGCAAUUAUGAAACGAAUGUCGGGCGAAACCUUAGGAUACAUAUGACAAGUGAAAAACAUACGCACAACAUGCUGGUGAUACGACAAAACGUCAGUCACAUGCAGUUGUCUGCGCUGACCCAUCAUCAGCAAGUCCAACACCAUCACCAGCAGGCACAGCAACACCAGCAACAGCUGGAGCAACUGCUCCACUUAAGCAGCCUGGACAAACCGCAACACACGGAGGCGCAAUUGGCCGAUAUGGCUUUCACUCAAGCAGUGGUGAUAUCGGCGAUUACGAGUGGCCAACUGCCGCAGCUUCCGCCCGAGCUCAUAGGCGGUAUAGCGAACAUGAGCGCCAUAGGCAACCUCGGCGGUGACGUCGGGCUUUCGCCGGACAGCAUGGAACCGCCACCGGAACCUGCGGAUCCGGACCCUACCUUUCUUUUUCAAUGCUGCGUGUGCAAUAACUUUGCGACAGACUCGCUGGAGGCUCUGGGCCAUCAUCUGGCCGUCGAUCGAACAAGAAGCCGCGAAGGCGAGAUACUUACUGUGGUAAAUGCGCACUUUAUCUGCAAACUUUGUUCAUACAAGACCAACCUGAAGGCGAAUUUCCAACUGCAUUGCAAGACUGACAAACAUCUGCAGCGUCUACAACAUGUGAAUCACGUGAAGGAGGGUGGUCCACGUAACGAAUGGAAGCUCAAAUACUUGGCAUCGCCCACGAGUGCCGCGCAAUUGCGUUGCCACGCGUGCGACUAUUACACCAACAGUGCUCACAAAUUAGCCCUGCACGCCGCCUCGCCCAGGCACGAAGCCGCGGCGCUUCUGCUCCGUCAUCUUAUCGAGGCGAGCAGCAACAUCCAGUCCUCUGCAAAAUUGUAUCACUGCGCUCUAUGUGGACUCAGCGUCAGACAUCGAUUGCUGCUCCUGCAGCACGUGAAAACUUUACGGCACUUCCAAAUGGAACAGUUACAUCAGUUCCACCGAAGGAGCAGCCUGCAAGGCAAUGAGAUGCCGCACACUGACAUCGGCGACGUGUUUCAAGUAAUGAGUGAUCCUGACGUGCCGGCCACGCAACAAUCUAGCCCGACUACACCGACAACACCCAAUGCUACGAGUACCAACAACGAACGACGAGAAGAAGGUAGUGAUUGCGGUAGUGAAGUAAAACAAGAACCGGACAACGAUGCAGAACCGGAAGCGGAACCAGAAAAUGACCAAGAGGAAAUUACUUGUUUGUACUGUACGUAUCAGCCGACAUCGCGGGAAGAAUUACGACAGCACUUGCAGGUGGCUCAUAUUCAGGAUUCAGAGGAGAAAACUGAAACAGUCAAGGAAGAGUCGACGCCGGACUUGUUGUGUCCAUUGUGCCAAGAUGGUUUCAAGGAACGUCCUGCUCUGGAGAAACACGUGAUGCAGAUUCAUUCGGUUAACACUGACGGUCUACAAAGGUUGUUACUCCUAGUGGAUCAAAGCCAUUGGCUGAACAAUAAUCCGAGAAACACUUCGACACCGGCUGUGACGGCUGCAACAACGCCGACGUCGCCCACCACAACGAUCAAACAUCAUCAAGAAGAAGAAAUGAACGAACGAGGCGGUAACGAUGAUACCGAGGAAGGAAGCACAAGAUGCACCGUGAGCAGCCGGCUGUGCCGUAUCGAGGAUCUUCAGCAUCACAGAGAAGUCCAUACGGCCACCACGCCCACCUUGGCAGUUAGUGAGAAACACGUUUACAAGUAUCGAUGCGGACAAUGCAGUCUCGCUUUCAAGACGUUGGACAAGCUUCAGCAGCAUUCCCAGUAUCACGCCAUCAGAGACGCGACUAAAUGCAGUAUCUGCACGCGAUCUUUUCGCUCGCUUCAGACGCUGCAAAGACAUCUGGAGUCCGCCCACGAUGUUCACGAAGAGGAUUUGAUUCAGGCUAAGCAGAAUUUCUUGAACACUCAGUUGCUUCAAGCGUUCACGGAAGAAACGUUGAAGAAGCAAAGUGGCUUGAUGGGCGAACAGAAUGCCGAAGAUGAGACUGGUAAAGGCGACGAGGAGGAGAGCGACGCCAGUGACUCGUCUCCGAUGCAGAGGGAACAACGUUUGUUGGAAGAUUAUCUAAACAGUCAGACGAUUGCCGAAGACAGCUAUCACGAUCCAAAUCGGAAAUUCAAGUGUCAUCGAUGCAAGGUAGCCUUCACGCGCCAGAGCUACCUUACCAGUCAUAACAAGACUUUGCUGCAUCGCAAGGGUGAAAAAAUGUCGUAUCCUAUGGAGAAAUAUUUAGACCCUAACCGACCAUACAAAUGCGAUAUCUGCAAAGAGAGCUUCACACAAAAGAACAUACUUUUAGUUCACUAUAACAGCGUGAGCCAUCUGCACAAGCUGAAGCGUAGUUUGCAAGAGCCAGGUAACAACAACACGUUGAUUUCGGUGGCCCCACCGGCCAGUCCGACCGAGUCUUCCGACUCCCAGCUAGAUCAAGACAAGAAGCCCCACAAGUGCAACAUCUGCAAAGUCGCAUACUCCUUGCCAAGCAGUCUGGACAUUCAUAUGAGGAGUGUUCUUCAUCAAACGCGCGCUAGCAAAAUACAGGAUCUCGUGGCCAGCGGCCAAUUGGACCUUGCUCGACCACUAAUUGAACAACCAACAACACCGACAAGUCCGAACAGUCCGCCCGCAGUAAAUGCGAACGUAGGCAAUGCGGGAGGAAUGCUCUCCUGCUCGCGCUGCAACGCACUGUUCGUCAAUCAGGAACAGUUGGCGACGCAUCAGCAAUUGUACUGCAUUUUCAGCAAUCCGCUGGCGUUAUUUCAACAACUGGCGUCGCAACAACUGGCUUCGGUCACCCCGGCCAAGACGCCACCCCCUAGAUCUACGACACCGGGACCGCAGCAACACAUGCAGCAAGCCGCGCAGCAUUCGUCGCAAACUACGCAGGACAUUCUCUCUCAACCACGACAUAAGACUUCGCAGAUGUACAAGCAUUUGUUGGAGAGCUUCGGCUUUGAUCUCGUUAUGCAAUUCAACGAAAAUCACCAGAGGCGACAGCGUAAGGAAGAGGAAGCGGCCGCUGCUCUUCAAGCGCAGCAAGAGCAACAGAAACAAGAACAGCAGAAACAGGCUCUCGCUGCGCAAGCUGCGCAAGAAAAAGAAGAAGAAGCCGAAGAGAGUCACAUAGACGAUGACGUGAUACCAGAGCUCACGCGCAGCACUUGCCAACACUGCAACAAGGAGUUUAGCAGUGUCUGGGUAUUGAAGGCACACUGUGAAGAGGUGCAUCGCGAUCUCGUGCCGCGCGAAUUCCUCGAGAAGUACGCGCAGCAAUUUAAAUGCGAGUACGAGAAGAAGAGUGUCGUGGUGACCGUCGCGACGUCCUCAUCGACUACCACAGCGCCAAGAAGCUCUACACCCGCCGUAGGACAACCCCAGGAUCUUAGCUCUGAUAAGGAAUCACGAGAAAAGGAAAAGGACGACAAUACUGAGAGCAAGGAACGUAUCAGUCGUACACCAGAAGCUACAUCUACCACUCCGGCAACGACUCCUGCAUUGAGCAACACUCCCGUCUCGAGCACAGAUUCCACGACACCGAUUGUACUGCUUACGAAUUCGCAGCAUCAUAUUCAGCAGCAGUCGCAGCAGCAGCAGCAACAACAACAACAGCAGCAGCAACAGCAGCAGCAGCAGCAGCAGCAGCAACAACAACAACAACAACAACAUGCUCAGCUUACGUUGGCGCAGCAAGUGUCUGAAAUGCAAGCUGCUCUGAAUGCAAUGGCAGCAACUCAAUUGCAACAACAUUUACAACAAUAUCCAGGACUGAUGAUGGGAAUGAUGGGAUUACCAUUGGGAUUAAACGUGCCCGCCUUGGCAGCCAUGAACUUACAACCGCCUCUUGUGCCAAUGAUGCUACCGCCACCGCCAUAUGACAGUGCUGCCGCUGGAUAUACACCGAUUAAUCAAGCGGAUCUCCUCGCUAAGCAGCAUCUCGCUCUUCAACAACAACAAGCAGCAGCAGCGGCAAAUGCAGCUGCAUCACAGAAACGGGCGCGUACGCGUAUCACUGACGAGCAAUUGAAAAUAUUACGGGCGCACUUUGAUAUUAAUAAUUCUCCUGGCGAAGAGCAGAUUCUGGACAUGGCUGCUCAAAGCGGUCUACCACCCAAAGUAAUAAAACAUUGGUUCCGAAAUACGUUAUUUAAAGAGCGACAGCGUAACAAAGACAGUCCUUACAAUUUCAAUAAUCCACCAAGUACUACUCUGAAUCUCGAGGAGUAUGAGAAAACCGGCGAGGCAAAGGUGACACCAUUAAACUCUAGUGUAUCCGGUAGUAGCUCCUCCGACGAUAAAAGCCCGAAUAAGCAAGCAACGCCACCGCCAUCCACGCAGAACACCGGCACUUCACAACCUACCGAGAUUAAACAAGAGGCGAUUGAACAAUCGCAUUGUCAACAGCAAGCUACGCAGCAUCAGGAAGAGCAGCAUCAUUCUCCUAGUAGCUCAGGUGGGCAACAGUCACGACCGCAUUCACCCGCUCUCAGCAUGAGCUCGGUAUUCUCAGGCAUUCAUCACGAUGUUUCGUCUCAUCCACCGUCGACUACGAACGCGCCGAGCGCUCCAAUGUUACCACCGAAAUUGACACCCCAGAAUUUUGCCAGUCCGACUCCGGGGGCAGGUAACGUGAUACCGAGCACGAUCGCUGCCAUGGCACUUACGCCGCAGAGAUCCUUGAGCCCGGGGCGCGGUCCAACGGAUUAUUCCUUUGGCGGUAACAGCAACGGCAGUAACGCUUCUAGCAGCAGCUCCGGCAAACGCGCUAAUCGAACGCGAUUCACCGAUUAUCAAAUCAAGGUUCUCCAGGAAUUCUUUGAGAACAACGCGUAUCCAAAAGACGAUGAUUUGGAAUAUCUCAGCAAAUUGCUUGGUCUGAGUCCGCGGGUGAUCGUAGUAUGGUUCCAGAAUGCCAGACAAAAAGCACGCAAGGUCUACGAGAAUCAACCGGCUGCCGAAUCCAUGACAGCGGGCCGCGAGAACGACGAUGGGGCUGGUAGAUUUCAAAAAGCGCAGGGAUUAAACUAUCAGUGCAAGAAGUGCCUCCUAUCAUUUCAGCGAUACUACGAGCUUAUACGCCAUCAGAAGACCCACUGCUUCAAGGAGGAGGACGCCAAAAGAAGUGCGCAGGCUCAAGCCGCGGCUGCUCAAGUCGCUGCAGUUUUGAGUUCCGAGGACAGUAAUAGUAGUUCUACGACGACUACGAACAAUACGGUGAUUAAUACUCCAUCGGUCAGCUCCGGACUCGCCGAACAACUACAGCAACCGUUGAAUACUGCCACGUCGCCUCAUCAGCAACCACUAUCGCAAACACACCAGCAACAGUCACAACAGCAACAACAGCAGCAGCAACAACAAUCGCAGUCACAGACGGAGUCAAAAGAAGGUAGCUUCCAAUGCGACAAAUGUAAUUUGAUGUUCGGACGGUUCGAGCUUUGGCGCGAACAUCAGCUAGUACAUAUCAUGAACCCGUCCCUCUUCCCGGCGUACCCACCUGACUCAGCUUUCGGUAUUCUGCAGCAACAAGCGCUUAACGCUACUUCCGGAGUCGCACCAGACACCCCACAUCCGCUCAUCGCCAUGAUGCAAAAGAGAAAGUAUGACGAGUUUGAGGAAAGUACGGGAAGCGACAAUCGUUCGAAUUCGGAGCACCUAAAUGAACAGCCGAAGGACAAACGUUUGCGUACUACGAUACUUCCGGAGCAGUUGGACUAUCUGUAUCAAAAGUAUCAAGUCGAGUCUAAUCCGUCGAGGAAGAUGCUGGAGACGAUCGCGCGCGAGGUCGGUUUGAAGAAACGCGUGGUGCAGGUGUGGUUCCAAAACACGCGCGCUCGCGAACGCAAAGGUCAGUUUCGGGCUCACAGCCAAGUAAUCAAUAAGCGAUGUCCGUUUUGCCCUGCGCUGUUCAAAGUGAAAUCUGCUUUAGAAUCUCAUCUAAGCAGCAAGCACGCCGAUCAAGUGGCACGCGGAGAAGUAAACAUUGACAAUAUUCCGGACGAGGAACUCUCAAUGGAAUCUGCACCGUCAAAUUCCAGUACACCGCACAUGAUGCCACCACUUUUCCCGCCAAUUAACAACAGCGACAUGGAGGCAUCCCUAAAAUCUUUGAAAUACUACGAAGAAAUGAAACGAUAUUUUGAAUUGGCGCACGCCAGCAAUGGCAAGCAAGAGACGGCGAAUCAUCAGACUGGCAGCGGUAACAGCGGUGAGUCACCGUUAGAUCUGAGCAAGCCGGUUGAUCUCAGCCGACCGAUGAAACUGAGUCUAGGUGGCUUGAGCACCCUCCUCGAAGAGCAACAUAGUCACUUCCGCGGCGGUAGCGACUGCGGCCCUCUGACUGAUUUAUCUGAGCGCAGUAUAUGCGACGAAGACAGCAUGAGCGAAACUACGGAAUUCCUGGAUGAUGAAAGUGGACCGGCAAGUCCGGCUUCGAGCACCCAAAGUUCGAGACAAGGACCGGCCAGCGGAAGUACCGGAAACACUGCCGGACCACCGGUGACUGGUGGACAGACCAGCGGUAAUACUGGCCAAUCCGGCGGAAAGCGAUAUCGCACACAGAUGUCGGCCACUCAAGUGAAGGUGAUGAAAUCGCUGUUCUCGGACUACAAGACGCCGACGAUGGCUGAAUGCGAGAUGCUCGGCCGCGAGAUCGGCUUACCGAAGCGCGUAGUCCAGGUCUGGUUCCAAAACGCCCGUGCCAAGGAGAAGAAGGCAAGAUUGGCGGCUGGUUUGCCGGCCGAGGGUUCGGCCGUCCAACCACAUCGUGGCCCGACCGGACCAGACGAGUGUAAGCUAUGCUCCGUGCGCUACUCGGCCAAGACCCCAUUACAGGAGCACGUCUUCUCACGUCGGCAUAUCGAGUCAGUGCGUAUUGCUGUUGAAGAAGGCAGUUUGGUUCCGCCGACUCCUGGGGCACCGAUCGUACUUGGCAGCAGCGGCGGAGCUACCGGUGUACCGGGUAUGGGGAAUACAUCAGUGGUUGCCGCGACCAGCCAACAAGUCAGCCAGCAACAACAGCAACAGUCGGACGAAAAUAUGAUGUAUGGAUCCUUGUUCCUUCACCCUACGGCGAUGUUCCCGUCGCAGCAGCAGCAACAUCCCACCGGCGCUAACACUACGGCCGUAGCGGCUGCGGACUUGAGCGAUCUACUGGGGAGCAGUCUGAUGUCGCUGCACGUGGAGGGUGGCGCGCAGGUGCAGGUGCCGCAGACUCUGAUGCAAGCGUUCUUGCAACAGAACCCGAACCCUGGUCUGGAGACGGUAUGCUUGCCGGGCCCGACGUGCGGCUCCAAUGAGAACGGGAUGCCGCAAUAUUGUCGCGAAGUGGAAACCGAGCUGUGUUUCGUGUGCCGUCGUUGCGGCCGUGCGUAUCCGCAAGAGUCGACAUUGCUGGCACACCAACGCUCCUGCUACCUGGGCAAUCAGCAGCGUCGCGGCGCCCUGCGCCUCGUGCAGACGCGCUACGCCUGUUCGCUGUGCGAGUCCGGUGUCCCGACGCGCGUCUACAACACCCUGAGCGGGUGGCGUCGCCAUGCCGAGACGCUACAGCACCGCGCGCGCCAUGAGGCUGUCCAGGAGCGUCAACAGCAACAGCAACAGCAACAGCAAUUUGCGGACGGCGGCGCGCAAUCUGGCGAGGAGACAAAUCCGCUCACCGACGAGAUGGAGGACGUCGUCAACCAGAUCACUCUAUUGGCGGCACGCGCGGCUGCCGAAAGUACUGGUCAGCCACAGGCCGGCGAAAGGGCCGGUCAGGACAACAACAAUGGUCCCGACGCCAAACGACAAAAGCUGGUACAGGAAGUUGCCGCCCUCGCCGGAGCGCGUUAAGCGUCAUUGGACUGUGCCCCGGGGGUUAAUCUACCGUCUCUCUUAGAGACCAGGAAAAAUGUGCGCAAGGGCGCCAACGAGCUGAAGAGGGAGGAGCAGGAGGAAGACACCAAAGGAGAACGGAAGAGGGCAAGAGAGAAAGAAAGAGACAGAGAGAGAGAGAGAGAUAUCGAUGGGCGUCGCUUGGAGAAGGUCGAACCAGAGGACGUCGCAGUGGACGAGCCAAUGUUCCUAACUGGCGAUGAACGGGAAGCACGGGCGCGCACCUUGGUGAAGCACCUCGUCGGGAGCAUCUGUCCCGUAGCGGUGGGAGGGGGGCAGGAGAAAAAGGCAGAUACGAGGUAUCACUUACCCCCGCCGCGGACGGUGGACCGAUCGCGAUCGAACAUGCGACGAUCGUCGAUCCUGUCACAUCAUUUUGUCGUUCGUGCAUCUACUAGUGACGCGCACCACCGCCCACUACACCGCCUCCCUGCCCCCCCUGACCCCCUGGCCCCCGGCCCCCCCGAUUCGCCUAUUAUUUUUGUAACGCGAAUCCCGCGCAGCGCGCGCCGUGAAGCUGCGCGCUCUCCAAAGUUCCUCUCGUAGCACGAAAGAAAAAAAAAUUAAAUAAAUAACGCGGAAAUGAGAAGAAGGGUGGCAAAGGACAGUGAGAGAGAGAGAGACUCGACGAAGACGUCUGGGUGGAAUCGCCCGAGGAACGAUCGAACGAACGUGAUCGAGAAAUCCUUCUUACCGGUCAGCUAACGACCGGUCGAUCGGUCUGUUGGUCGGUCGAUCGGUCGGUCGGUCGGUCGGUCGGUCGGCCGAUCAGUCAGCGAUUCGAUCGGAUCAAGCCGAUCUUGGGCGCGUGUCUCGGAGCGAUGCGCGCGGUACAUUUACAGGGGAGAUGAGAGUACGGCGAGUUCCGGAGGGCGAGUGCGUCGUGUGACGCGCGUCGAGGUGGGCUAACUUAAACGUUCCUAUGUAAAGUAAUAAUAAAGAUUUAAAGCAGAGUUAUAUACUAAGAAAAGAGAGAAGAGAAGAAACGAGCGGAUGCUGCUUAGAUGUGGCGCAAGUAGGGUAGGUGGUGCGCGGCGCGCGAAACUAGAAACGCCGCCAUCGUUACGAAUACGUACGUACAUAUUCAUAUAUAUAUAUACAUACAUCUAUAUAUAUACAUAUAUAUAUACACACACGUAUAUAUAUAUAUGGAAAUAUCUGACUGUCUCUCUCUAUCACUCUCUUUCUCGUUUUGACGCGCGUGUGCAUGUGGCUUUCCACGGAUCAGUGCGUAUGCGUGUGCGUGUGCGUGUAUGUAUGUGUGUAUGCGCGAAUCGUUCAGCGACUUCGACGGCGAUCGUUAAAGAAAAGAAAAGAGAAUUAACGUCAACGUGUGCUUCGUACUUGUCGCGAACCAGACAGAGAUAUCCGCGAUGCUCGGGAAAGCGACGAAAGAACGAAAGGAAAUUUAAGAAAAGAAGAAAAGAGAAUAUUUCAUAAGAGGAAUAUAUAUACACACACGUACACAUAUACCUUUUCUCUGCCACUUUUUUACACACUUGUAUAAAUCCACACACACACACACACACACACACAACAGGCGUGCACAAUAUAAACACAUACAACCGAGCUCGGCACGUACGUUUUUCUAACAUUCUUUAUUUCCCGUAAUUUGAUAAAAAAGGAAAAGAAACUGAACAGAAUGGCGGACGGAAGAGAGAACGACGGUGUAUAGGGUGGUAAUAAAUCCCCGGUCCGUGCCCGUUGUCGACACGAUUCGCGUGCACGAACGAGCAAGCAAGACCCACAAACAUGGUUCCUAUAUUUAAUAAAUUAUAUUUAUUAACGCUAAACACAAGUGAUUAGUACUAACGUUAAUAAUAAUAAUAAUAUUAAUAAUAUUAAUAAGUAAUAAUAAUGAUAAUGAGAAAGAGAGAGAGAAACUAGUAAUAAUAAUGAUAGUAAUAACGAUAGGUAUUAGAGAGCUGUCGGUAGCUAUAACGAUUAUCGCUAAGCAACGCCCGAUGAUCGAACAACUGAUCAGCGUAUAUCGACGCUCGGGGGAUGACCCGGGGGAUGACCCGGUACUACCGUCGAAGGGACAAAACUGACUUCUCUGUUCUCCGACCUCUCUCUUCUCCGUGUCGAGCGAGGAUUUCACGCAGAUAAAGCAAAAAUUCAUGCGGAAGAUUUACAAUUCAGAACUACUGAGACCGCACAAGCGCGUAGACGUAACGCAGCCGUAAACAGACUGUUUCUCGGACAGGUGGCAGCCAAAUAUUACCGUGUAAAAUUCGAGACGUCAAAAGCUGCGCAAAAUUCAGAAUUCUAAAACUACAAAUUGAAAACGAGGAAAAGAAAGUCAUUUCACGCGCGUCCACAGGAAAAAAGGUUUAGAGACACAGGCAUCGUCCCGGAUCGCAGGUUGAGGAAGGGAUAAGAGGGAGAGGAUUGCCGCCCUCUCGAUCGACGACAGGAGAAGGAUCUUGUAAAAUCGAGAACGACAAAGAAUUCACUAUUAGCUGAUAAGGGUUACGGAUAAAUUACGAUUAAACUACAGAAUAUAGGGAAUGGGGGGAGGGGGUACUUGCACGUCUUAAUAAAGACGGCAUACAGGACACACAAACACAUUUUCACUCACACAUAUAUAAGUAUAUAUACAGAAAAAAGUAUAUAUAUAUAUAUAAAUAAAUGAGAAUGAAGUGAAUAAAUAAGAAAAAAUAUAUAUAUAUUUAAGUAGAUAAAUAUAUAUAUAUAUAUACAUAUAUAAAUAUAUAUAUAUGAUGUUGUGACGUACUAGAAUCCUCGCGGGUACUAUCCGGAACGGUGACGUGUCUGUACACGCGUACGUACGUCGUAUUCCUCGCGUUCAUAAAGAAACGAAAGUUCGCGCGUACAAUGUGCGGCGCGUAUGCGAAGCUACGAAAUACCGGAAGUGCCACCGGAAGUGCAAAAAAAGAAAAAGGAGGAAAAUCGCGGUGUUUUGCCGAGCCACGGUCUUGAGAAUUUACGCGAAUCAUUAGACUAAAGAAAAAGGUAUACGGGGGGUCUGUGCGGAAGAAACAAGGCUGUCGCGAAUGUACGAGGGACACCGAGUAGGAAAACAUACUGGAUAAGGGAGAGGGAAAGGGUUAAAAGCUCGGAGAAGGCGGGAGAGUGAGAUUUUGAGUUUCGAGAGGAAGGGUCAAACACGUGGUCAUGAUCAAACGAAACGCGAAGUAAUAACUAUUUCUAAGGUACUAAGCAACUCGAGGUUCCUGUCUGCAAAAAAUGCUUUUUCUAACGUAACGUUGGUGAAAAAACGACGAUUAUUAAUAUUAUAUUUGAAUUAUUAUUAUUAUUAUGAUUAUAGAUUACGAUAUUAUAUUUACAUGUAUGUGGUCAUGUAUUGAUUAUUAUCUAUAUAAACGUUACAGCGUUGAAUACUAGCGUACAUUUAACACACGUACAUGUCCCAAAAGUACACGACACACACAUACACACGCACGCACACAGAGACGAAACACAUAUAUCCCCGACACGUGCAACUACCAAGAACACCCAAGAACAAUCGAAUCGCUAAUAUCGAAAUUCUCAGCCGAUCGUCUUUCCGGACCGGCACGAUCCACCUUUACAGGACGUACCGGGAAAAUCAGAGCGCGGAAUCUCUUUUCACGUGAACCGAUACCUCGCAAAAUGUAACAAUUGACGGGUUGCGUCUGGAGCCCGUGAAGUUAAGUAAGGCGAUCGUCGCGGAAUCGCGAGUCCGUAUUGUCUUCAAGAUUAUCAUCGCAGACGAUACUCUUAUCACUACCACUAGCACGAGGCAAGAUGUUCCAAAAGGCGUCGCGGCGUAAAGCCGGGACGCUCAAGACUGCGAGAACGAAGCGACACUCAUUUUUCCCUUCGCCGCGUUUCCUAUGUAACGACGCGUACGAACGUAACUGCACCUGAACGCACAAGAAGACGCGCUUCGAUGGUAUCCUACCGCGAUAUCCUAGUUUUUCAAAUUCGCACGCGAGAGACGGAGGAUGGCGGCGUGUCGUCGUGAGGAUCGUAUUCAUAUUCGUUAACGCUAAUCAAGUUACACGCAGAGACACACAACAGGAACGAACGGACACACGAGUGAACACCUAUCUACAUACAUAUAUAUAUAUAUAUAUAUAUAUAUAUAUAUAUACAUACAUACAUACAUGUACACACAACACUAUGAUCGAAUUUUGCGUAUGAACUCGGAGCUACACAUCGCAUACGAGCGUGACUCUCAAAACGCGGCUACGUACGUGCGCGUGUACGCAAAACCGGCGCGUCGGUUUUGGCGUUUUGAGUUUCGAGUACGGGAGAUUGCGUGAUAGAGUAACCGAACCUCGCUAGCUGUUCCUAAAAAUCAACAAUGAGUGAGUGAUAAGCGUGCGCGGAUUAUGUAAUGGAGUGAUGAUGAGAGCUAACGAUGAUGAGAACGAGAUGACGAGAAACGAAUGCUAUAUACAUAUAUAUAAAAAAAUAUUACUGCGUUGCGAAGGAAUUAAUGCGCGGCCGACGACGCCGACGUCGUUUCUCCGUCGCGGGCGUCCGUUACCGCGCGAUCGAUAGUUCGGUCGAUGCGAUCGACCCUACUGUCUCUUCCCGCGGACGCGGCGCAAUCGAUCGCGGACGAUCAGCACGACGGCAUUUUUACGGGGAACCUUUCGCUGGCGCGGCUUUUUUUCGCUUGGCGCGGAAGAGGGAAGAGAUGGUCGGGACGUGGAGCGAGCUUGCUAUUACUCGAUACACACCCGGCGACAUUGACCGCAGCUCGUAUCAUGCUCGACGAGCGAAAUAUAAACCGGAAUAUUGCGUCGGUGCGCGACCGCCGCACACGAGCGACGGAAAGGGGGCUACGGCGACGUCGGAGUUUUUUCAUUUUUGUAAUCUCGUUGAGUUUCUACGAAGAAUGCGUUGAACGUGUCUAUUUAUUAUUAACUUUAUUGAGAUCGGCUGGAUUGCUACAUUGUGACUAUUAUUGCAAUCAUUGCUAUUAUCACUAUUAUCACAUUAUUAAUAUUAUUAUUAUUAUUGUCAUUAUUAUUGUCAUUAUUAUUGCGUUGUCACAUUACUAUUAUUAUUAUUAUGUCAUUAUUGCCGAUUGAUCUGCGGAUCUGUUCGAGAGCGGUAUUUGAUUGACUAUUAAUUAAUAAUGGAUAUUGAUAACGAUAGCGACUAAUUCUUGUGAGAGAUUGCCAUGUGUAUAUCUAUAUGUACUCACUAUGGGGCACCGUGAGCCUCGCGUGGGUUCACACCUACCGAAGGCGCGGCACACCCGAAACGCCGGCCCGGGCAAUCCCGAUGAUGUUGGCGCCGCGCAUCCCGGCUCGGCACGCGAUCGGUACGAGAUCGAGAAGCGAAGUUUCAUCAUUCGGACGCUCCUUGGAUGGACGAAGACGGACACCGCGCCCCUUUUCGCGCCUCUCGCCGGAAUCUUUUUGUAAAACGCGGAGGCGUCAAGAGGGCGACAAAUACGACAGGCUUGAAAACUUUGCGAGGAACAAAGGCACUGGCGCGAGAAUGACACUGACACGCGUCAAAAUCGAUCGACUGGGGACUGCGAGCAUGUUUCGCGCUUCUCCGAAGGGACGCAAGAGAAAAGACACACCGUGCGUGUACCGUCGCGAGGAAAAGACGAGCCGCGAAUUUUACCGCAGUGGGAAAGUUAUGCAGCGCGCCGUUCCUCCGCGAGUAGACACGUUUUUUUUUAUCCGUAUUUCACGUUAAGUAAGUAUACGUGUCACGACGCCGCAUCUUCGGUCCUAGUCGGUCGGGCGAGUUCACACGGACUCAUUUCAUCGAACCUCCCCUGUUUAACUCGGCCCGUCACCCACAGAGAGGGUUCGCGAGAGGGUAUCGAUUUUACACGAUCGAUCAUCGAGGGGGGAAUGAGUAGAGCGAGUCCGCGUUCUCGCUCGGUCACCGCACCGAGAUCCACAAAUACACGCGUUCCCGCAUGUAGACUUUUCAUUAUCCAUCCACGGUGUCGCGAGUCGUAUCGCGCAUUCCGCGACGACCGCGAGGAGAUGUACGCGCGCGCGGAACGACACAUCGACGCGCGUACACGCACGCUGCGACACCGAACUAUGACAGAUUACGACAACGAUGACGACGGCGACGGACACUGGUACCUGUACACGCACCAGGCGGGAGAUGCAGAUGAAGCGCGAGCGUGCAGGAAGAGAUGGUACACGCGCGAAAACGCGCGCUCAAUCGAGUCUGAUGACGCGGGCGGAACGGGAGGGCGACGGCAGAGCCGCAAUCGGAGGCGCCAACAUCGUGCGGAAAAAACGGGCACGGUGCAAUCAUGUUCCUAUUAGGUUUCAUAUCUAAGCGAGUAAUUAAUUAUACCAGUAAAUAUAAUGAUGAUGAUGAAGAA